AGCAACAGGCGGUUGGUUGCAUCUACCCAUCUACCACACACACGAAAUGAACCGAGCACAUAGAUCGACCAUGGCGGACUGGGCUUCGCUUCCACCGGAGCUCGUCCAAGACAUCGCCUACUCCGUCCUCUCCACCACCGGCGGCGUCGACACGCACAUGGACAUGAGGGCCGUCUGCCCCAGCUGGCGCUCCGCCAUCGCCAAGCCAUCUCCGCACGCAGCGUUCGCCGACCACCGUUUCCGUCCACGGCACUGGAUCAUGGUGGACCUGAAAUCCAGGAAGCACGACCCCGACGCCCGACUCUUCCUCCACGUCCCCACCGGCCGCUUCCGCCGCCUGCCCCUCCCCGUGAUCCGCGACCACCUCGUCCUGGGCGCAUGCGAUGGGCUCAUUGUACAUGAAUUCACGGACAGGGAGCGCCCGGACAUGACAGGCAUUCGUGUCCUCAACCCCUUUACAGGAGGCAUGCUCCACUUUGCUGUGUCAUUAUGGGAGUCUGCUGAUGAACUACGUACGGCAGUGAGCGGCGGCCCUCGCUCGACGCUGGUGGUGUGGCGGGACUAUGAUUGGAGAUGGCGGACACUUCUAUAUGCCGAUCCAACCAGCGAUGAUUUUAGGGAGGAGGAGAAGACUGGCUUGUCCUGGGUCCAUAGCAUGGUUACCUUCAAAGGCAACAUCUAUUAUGCCGGUUCAGAUGAAGGUGUAUUCCAGUUUGUUGCGCCAGCAGAGCAGGGUGAUCAUGAGCCUGUGGUCAUAGCCAAGAUGUUGCCAGAUGUGGACAUAUAUUUAGAGGGAGAUAGACCGUAUGCACGCUGUUUUCUCGUGGAGUCUGCCGGGGAACUGCUGGUCGUUCGUCAUUGGGGUCAAGCCUUGAAAGUUUUCAGAGUCGACGUCGAGCACAAGUUGCUGGAGGAGGUCAAGAGCUUGGGCUCCCGUACACUGUUCCUUGGCGGCGAGAGGUGUUUGUCAGUGGAUGCAGAUAUUUUUCCAUCAGUCGAUGCUGAUUGCGUAUACAUGUCUAACUGGGUGGAAAUGCCAGAAUGGCGGGGGCGCUACACGCACGUGUAUAACCUAAGGGAUGGUACCAUGGAGAUUCUCUACACUGAGCCGAUGCUCCGUGCCAACAUCCACCCCCGACCAUCGUCUCCUCGUGCCAAUUUCUGCCACCAACGUGGGAUCUUCACGCGUGCCUACAACCAUCGUCUACCCCCUCUCAGUCUUACUCAGGUUCUGCUCGACUACUGCAAUGACAAUACAUGCUUCUAUCAUUUCAAUGAUUGGUGGUGAAGGAUUUACCAUAAAUCUUAUUCUUACCUUUGUGCUAGCACUUGCUUCCUCCCGUUGAGUAGGCUUCUUACCAAGUUUAUCAGGAGUGGGAAAUUAUUUGCUUGUUGUAACAGUUAUUUGAAUUUCAGCUAUCUCUUUCAUUUCUCACUCCUUGCAUGCAGCACUCAGCAUAUGUUCAUUUAUUCGUACUGCUCCAACUGCAGCUAGCAGCUAGCUGUUCGUUGUUCUAUUUCUCUCAAAGGGUGUGCUCACUAAUGCUG